AUGAAUCACCCAGAGCAAUCCAAUAACUUGGAAGCACAAGUGCAAGCGCAACCACAGCCACAAGCAAACACCCAAAAACAAUCUAAAAAGGAUAAAAAGGCUUCAAAUACCUCAAAGAAUCCUAUUGAAAUGACCCCUCCUCCUGCUUACCUCAAAGAGCGUCUCGAUAUCUGGGACAGGCUUAAAGAAGCUGCAGACGCUGAAUUAGCUUCAAAGCCAAGAGGCCCUAUCACUAUUACUCUUCCAGAUGGCAAGCAGCAGCAAGGAACUUCAUAUGAAACAACUCCAAUGGAACUCGUUAAAGCUAUUGCUUCCUCACUUGCAGAUAGAACCGUUAUUUCUAAGGUGAACGGUGCUCUCUGGGAUCUAGAAAGACCUUUCGAACAAGACAGCAACGUUGAAUUUUUAGAUUUCAACACAGAGGAAGGUCAACAAGUUUUCUGGCACUCCUCAGCUCACGUUCUCGGUGAGGCUUGUGAGAGGCACUAUGGCAGUCACUUAGCUGUCGGUCCUCCAACUGACGACGGUUUCUUCUACGAAAUGGCCAUCCAAGACCGUAUGGUGUAUCAGGAGGACUACCAGCCACUUGAGCAAAUUGCAAAUAGCGCAAUCAAGGAGAAACAGCCAUUUGAAAGACUUAUGGUAUCUAAGGAGAAGCUCUUGGAGUUGUUUGCUUACAACAAGUACAAGCAGUACAUCAUCUCUUCAAAAAUCCCUGACGGCACCUCCACUACCGUCUACAGAUGCGGUCCAAUGAUCGAUUUGUGUAGAGGUCCACACAUCCCCCACACUGGAAAGAUCAAAGCUUUCAAUGUCAACAAGCACUCUGCGUCUUACUUCCUCGGUGAUGCUAAGAAUGACUCGUUGCAGCGUGUCUAUGGUAUCGCCUUCCCUGACAAAAAGCAGAUGGUUGAAUACAAGCACUUUAUAGCUGAAGCUUCAAAGCGUGACCACAGAAAGAUUGGCAAAGAACAAGAACUUUUCUUCUUCCAUGAACUAUCUCCAGGUAGUUGCUUCUUCUUGCCAAAUGGUACGAGAAUCUACAACACCCUGCUCGACUUUUUGAAAAAGGAGUACCAUGCGCGCGGAUACCAAGAAGUUAUCACCCCCAACAUGUUCAACACCAAGGUUUGGGAGACUUCCGGUCACUGGCAGAACUAUGCCGAAAACAUGUUUUCAUUAGACAUUGAAAAGGAGAAGUUCGCAUUGAAGCCUAUGAACUGUCCAGGUCAUUGUUUAUUAUUCGACAUGCGCGACCGUUCUUACAAAGAACUACCGUUCCGCGUUGCGGACUUUGGUGUCCUCCACCGCAACGAGGCGUCUGGCGCGUUGACUGGGUUGACUAGGGUGAGAAGAUUCCAGCAAGACGAUGCGCAUAUAUUCUGUCGCAAGGAUCAAAUAGAGAAUGAGUUCUCCGAUCUGUUCGAUUUCCUCGAGAAAGUCUAUGGGAUUUGUGGGUUCGACUUCAAGUUGAAAUUGUCCACUAGACCCGAGAAGUAUCUCGGUAAGGUAGAGGACUGGGAUCAGGCCGAAAAGAACCUCUCCAACGCACUUGAGAAGUUUGUACCUGGUAAAUGGGAACUCAACCCUGGCGAUGGAGCAUUCUACGGUCCAAAGAUCGAUAUUACGAUCAGUGAUGCACUCAGACGUAACCACCAGUGUGCUACUAUCCAACUAGACUUCCAACUCCCAGAGAGAUUCAAGCUGCGGUACCGCACCGGCAACGACGAAGACUUUAUCCAGAACGAUGAUGGGUCUAUUGAGAAGGGCUUUGACAGACCGGUUAUUAUCCACAGGGCUAUUCUCGGCUCGCUAGAGCGUUUCAUAGCGAUUGUCACUGAACACUUUGGCGGCAAGUGGCCAUUCUGGCUGUCGCCAAGACAAGCCAUCAUUAUCCCCGUUGCGCACAAGUACGACGACUACGCUCAUUCCCUCCAGAAACAGCUGUGGGAUAAUGAAAUUAUUUCCGAGGUGGAUGCUGGAGAGAACACGCUGCCCAAGAAGAUACGUAAUGCUGAAAUGGCUCAGCAUAACUUCAUUUUCGUCGUAGGUCAGGAGGAGGUAGACGGCAAGUCGGUCAACGUUCGCAAUCGCGAUGAUGCUGGCUCUAAAGCUAAAACUCCUACUGUGCCUUUCGCCGAGGUGCUCCAGCAGAUGGUGCGUCUUAAGGAUGAGAAAAGACUUGAGAAUAGGUUGUUUUAG